AUGCAAAAACAUCCUAUCUUACCAAUCAAUACACCAAGAGAUGCCACUUGUCCAAUUCCAUAUUAAUGUACUUUCAGGAAAUAAUAUGAUGCAGUGACUCCAACAUAAAAUACAAUAAACAAAAAAACUGAAAUUCCAAGAGCACCAUCAGCUAUGAAUAAUAAAUUAUAUGCAGAAUAAACUAUGAUGAGAACUAAACAAUAUUAAUCUGAUUAAUAGUAUAUAAACUAAAUUAAAGUAGUCAUUAAAAAUAUAAUUCAUAGGGAAGUCUUUCUAAUUGUAACAGUAAUAAAUCUAGGAACUCUAAAAACUCUACAGGUUUUGAUUAAGUUGCAAACAUAUUUUGUGAAACAGCAUAAUAGAAUCAAUCAUCUAAUAUACGUAUCUCGCAUUUUCAUACAAAUACAGCUCCAGUUAAUUUGUAUGAAUAGAAAUUCAAUGAUGAGAUGUUCCUUCUUAAAGAUCAAGACACAGGUUUCAAAUUCUACUUAUUACAACAGGAACUAUCUAUGAUAUUAGAUAAGUCGAAAAGAUUCAAGUUAAUAAAGAAUACAUGGCAAAGUUGAAAAAAAGACAUAAAUCAGCAUGGCAAGGUUGGUGGUAAUAAAAAAGGGAAAAUAAUCACUUUCUUAUCCUAAAUGCCAAAUAAAACAACAUAAAAGAAGUUGAAAAAUUAUUAGAGAUUCCUACUAAAGAUCUAAAACCAGAGAUAAACAUUAAAGAUGAUAAUGGUAAAGGAUAUUUUAUAACAUAAAUAGGAUUUGCUUCAAUACAUUACAGUUGUCUAAAUUAAAAUUAUGAUUUAUCACUAUUACUUCUAAAAAAUGAAGCUGAUUGCGAUUCUGUAAAUUCAUAAGGAUAAACUCCAUUAAUAAUUUGUGCUCAAAAGGGAUGUGAUUCUAUUGCUACUCUAUUAUUAACAAUAGGAUCUGAUAUCAAUCAUAUAGAUAAUAAUUAAAAUACUGCAUUACAUUAUGCUUGUUUAUUUUGUAUCAAUUAUUAAUUUAUUAAUUUUAGAACACAUACGAAUUGCAGAAAUCCUUUUAGCAAGACCAUCAUUACAAUUAAAUUUAAAGAAUAUGGAUAAUAAAUGUCCUGUAGAAUUAAUAUAAAACAACAAUACUUUAAAAAAUCUUAUUGAAAAACAUUAUAGGGUAUUUAUUCAUUUAAAUUUAUAAUCAGAUGAAAAAGGAAUCAUUCAAUUAAUGUCAUAAAGUUUAAAUUUAUGAUGAUUCCAAAGAGUAAUAGAAAGUCAAUUCUCCAACUAGUAAAUAAUAAUAUUAUCUAACUAACUAAUAUUAAUAAACAUCCAAAUGUUACUCACCUUAUUAAACAGAUAAUUAAUUUUCAACAUCCAAUCGUUCAACCUUAAAUCAAGUUGUAAUUGAGCAUUAAAUAUUAGUCUUAACUAAAUGAAAGUGAAAUGAUAGGUCCUUCCAAUAUAAGAAUUAUAUUACAAAUAGGUAGAGGAUCAUUUGGAGAUGUGUAUUUAGUUGAGAAAAGAAAUUAAAGUAAAUCUGGAUAAGGAUUAAAAUAUGCAAUGAAAGUUUUACCUAAAAGUAAAUUUUUGGGACACAAUUUAAUAAGAUAUGCGAUGGCUGAAAGAAAUAUCUUAUCUUAUUUAAAUCAUCCAUAUAUUGUUAAAUUAAGAUAUGCCUUUUAAACUAAUACCCAUUUAUGUUUAUUGAUGGAUUUCUGUCCAGGUGGAGAUUUAUCUAAAAUUAUAUAAAAUUAAAAAAGAAUCCCAGAAUAGGCUGCCAAAUUGUAUAUUGCAGAAAUCCUGACAGCUUUAGAACAUCUUCAUAAAAAUGACAUUAUAUAUAGAGAUUUAAAACCAGAAAAUAUAGUAAUUGAUACUUAGGGUCAUGCUAUGCUAACAGAUUUUGGAUUAUCAAAAGAAGGAGUAAGAGAUAACUAUGGAGCCAAAAGUUUUUGUGGAUCUAUGGCUUAUUUGGCUCCUGAAAUGUUAAAACGAGUAGGACAUGGAAGAGCUGUUGAUUGGUAUCAUUUAGGUAUCUUAUGAUAUUUAUAAUAUUAGGGAUUCUAUUAUAUGAAAUGAUUAGUGGAAAACCUCCAUAUUUUUCACCAAAUAGAGAUGAAAUGUUGAAUAAUAUUGAAUGUAAUAAAAUAUCCUUUCCUGACAAUAUUUCAAAGGAAUGCAAAUCAAUUAUUUAAUAACUUUUAGAGAAGAAUCCUAUGGCAAGGUUAGGUGCAUCAUCAAGAGAUGCAGAUGAAAUAAAAGAUCAUCUCUUUUUUAAGUAAAUUAAUUGGGAUGAUCUAUUACAAAAGUAAUAAAAUUGAAACUAUUAAAAUAGAAAAUAUAAACCUCCUUAACCUCUAAUUAAUUAAGAGAUUUUAAAUUAAAAAUUUGAUAUUCCAUUUGAUUUUAUAUUAUCAGCUGAUAAAUCUAGUUCUAUUAAUUACAUCAAUGGAUGGUCAUUUAUAAAUAAUGAUUUUAGCUAAUUUUGA